UGAAAGUCAUCCUAUCCAUUAUUAUUAUUAUUAUUCUAUUUUUUGUUCAUAAACAAUCAUUCAGUUCCCACAGUUUCCUUCAAACAUCUUAAUCAAAUUUGCCGUGCCGUUCGGAUCUUUUCAAAGCAAGAUUUUCCUUCCUUUUAUUUAAACCCAAAGCUUGAGAGGGGUUGGUAUCUGGGUUUGCUCGGAUUUCUUUUGAGAGAGCUUAUUACAAUGGCUGCUGCCGCUGCUGCUGCUGGGAUUAUUGGUGGUAAUGGGUCUUCUUCUUCUUCUUGGUUGAAACUCAAGGAGAGGCAAAGGAAGAAGAAGACGGCGAAUAGGGUUAUGGUUUGUUCUGCUUCUUCUUCCGUAAUGGAUCCUUACCUGACUUUGAAGAUCCAACCCGGUGCCUCUGAAUCUGAGGUCAAGAAGGCUUUCAGAAAGCUUGCUUUGCAGUAUCAUCCAGACGUAUGCAGAGGAAACAACUGCGGGGUGCAGUUUCACCGAAUCAAUGAGGCUUACGAUACUGUGAUGAGUAAUUUGAGAGGGGAAUCGAUGGCAUCGGAGAUGUAUGAGUCGUACGAUGAAGGUGUUGAUGACUCGAUGAGAGGAAUGUACGAUCCUGAUUGGGACAUGUGGGAGGAGUGGAUGGGAUGGGAAGGGGCAGGAAUCCGCGACUACACGUCUCAUGUUAAUCCCUAUAUUUGAAAAGUCGUAUUGAUUGACGAUUGUGUAUAGCCAAUCUUGGUCCUCUGUAAAUAGCUGAGAUAAUGCCUCGGCAUCUGCCAAAUGAAAAGUUCAUAUUAAAGUUCUUUUUAAUAUGUUGGCUCCUUUUCUCGCUUAAUUGUUACAAAUGGUAGCAUUAUUCAAUAACAUUAACAAGAGACUUGUAAUUAUUCCUUGUAAUUAGUUGUGUUUUUAAUAGUCAAGAAAUUAGAGAAGAAGCCACUUGAUUUGUCUCUC